AUGACUAUUUUAUUUUGUAUCCAAAAUUAUAUUAUAGUUAUUAUUAUUUACUAUCUUAUAUGCUAUAGUAAGAUGUCACUUGUUAAAGUACGAGUUGUUGAAUCUAUUACAUACAAUAAUCAAUAUUGUGUUUCAUUUUAUUACUGGAAAGAUUCGAUGAAACUUUCAGAAGGUAGUUCAAGAAUAACUCUUGUUCUUCAUGCUACAACAAAAUAUCUACAUUAUCUUGCAGAUCAACUAACUAUGUGGGAUGGUCCUAUAUCAGUGGCAUUUUUUAUGCCAACUCCAGAAAUAAGUGAAUGUAUCCUUCAUAAACAUAAAUAUUGCGCCAUGUAUAAUACAACUGAUAUAUUAUAUUUUCAAUUAUUUUCACUUUUUCAACACUUAUAUGAUAUUAAAAAAAUAUCUCUUCAUUUUUUUUUUGAAAAAAAAGAUCAUAAAAAUUGUCCUCAUAUUAUAUUAAAAGGAAUAAAAAAACCAAGUGGAAAUAUAUUAAAAAAAUAUAAAACUAUGCUAUCAAGAGUAAGUGAAUAUAAAAAAUUUUUUAAUAUCUAUCCAAUAAAUGUUGCUAGAAAUAUUGCAAGAUUAGGUAAAAAAACAAUAUUAUUUUUAUCUGGUGAUAUUGAAAAUUAUCCAUCAUUAAAUUAUGAAAAAAAAGUAUCCAAAUUAGCAGUACAAGAAUCAUUAUUAAAAAAUAAUAGAAAGUUAGUCUUAGUUCAUAGAAGAUUUGAAAUAAAUGAUAGUUUUACAAUACCACGAACAAAAGAUAAAUUAAAAGAACUUUAUGAUAAUAACCAAGCUUUUGUUUUUCAUGCUAAAUUAAUAAAGAAAGCUCAUAAAAUUGCUAAACUGGAUGAAUGGUUUGAUGGAAAUGAAAAUAUGCUUAAAACAAGGAUAGGUUGGAUUGUUGGAGAGUUAAAUCCUUAUUGGGAACCACAAUUUGUUGGAAAUGACCAAGUACCAUUUCAUGAUGAAAGAUUUCCUUACAGAAAACGUUCAAAUACACAUCUAGUACAUGUAAUGUGUUUUCAAGGUUUUGACUUUGCUAUUAUGGAUGAUGUAUUUACUGUACAUAAAGGUAUUAAAAAAGCUUUAACUAAAGAAGAAAAAGCAGCUAGAAAAUUAAAUCAAAAAGCAUAUAAAAAAAUGGUAAAAGAAUUUAAUUAUAUUUUAUCAACAACUUAUCCAAAUAUGACAGACAAAUGUAAACCAUUACCAAAUUAA